GAACAAAUAAUAAAAAAGCAAAAACGUUCAGUGCCUCCGGCCAGUAAGACGGACAUCAGAAUCAAAAUUAGGAGAUAAGACUAGUCGGAGAUCAAAACCAUGGGAAGAAGAAAAGUGGAGAUCAAACGAAUCGAGGACAAAAUCAGUCGACAAGUUACUUUCUGUAAACGACGCAAUGGUCUCUUGGAGAAAGCUCGUCAACUCUCAAUUCUCUGUGAAUCCUCCGUCGCUCUUGUCAUCGUCUCUUCCACCGGAAAACUCUACAGCUUCUCCUCCGGCGAAAGCAUGGCCAAGAUUCUCAGUCGUGUUGAAAUACAGCAGGCUGAUGAUCCUGAAACCUCGGAUCUUGCAGAAAAGGGUAUGAAUUAUCUUUCACAAAAGGAGUUACUAGAAAUAGUCCAAUGGUUAGCAUUAAGACUCCGCUUCCCCCCUCCUCCUCUCUCUCUCUCUAUCAAACUUUUCGUUUUUGUUUUUGGCUUUUUGUUGAUCUACGCAUAUAAUAUAUGCAGCAAGCUUGAAGAAGCGAAAAGCGAUAAUGCAAGUAUAGAUUUUCUAAAGUCUCUGGAAGAGCAGCUCAAGACUGCUCUCUCUGUAACUAGAGAUAGGAAGACAGAACUAAUGAUGGACUUUGUGAAGACCCUUCAAGAGAAGGAGAAGCUACUGAGAGAAGAGAACCAGAUUUUGACUAGCCAGCUAUCGAAGAUGAAGAAGUCUCUGAAACCAGAGGGUGCAAGAGUAAUGUCACCGGAAAAAAGCUCCGGCAAGAACCCACGGGAGACUCUCCUGCUUCUGAAGUAACCACCAUCACCAACGGUUCGAAAAUUUAAAAGUGUACAAAAAAAAUCUGAUUAUGAAAAGAUACAUAUGUGAAAUAUCAUCCUCUUCUUUCCCCUGCUACGGAGAGAUUUGAGGGAAGAAGCAUCAAAUAAAUGUAUUUGAUUUGUAUUAUUACCUU